UAAAAAUACUGGCUUAACAGUUACCCCCCUCUUCCUCUUCUGUUUCUCCGGAGAUCUUUCUACCAGGAACAGAUUCUCAGGAAGGCUGAUUCCGGCGAUAAAAUUCCGCAAAGGUGUGCUUCCAAUGGCAAAGCAGAAACAGCACCAGCUUGUUUCUACGCCUGCAAGGAAGAAAAAGAGGCCAGCUGCUCGAGAAGUGGACUUUGCAAGUGCAGAUGGUUGGAUGGUUGUCAAGAAGCAAAGAAUCACCAUUUUGAUCCCACCAUUGCCAGUGACUCAGCAGUUUACGGUGCCUAAUGCAGAAGAAAGCCAACCACAAGUGAGCCUGAGAAACACUAUUAAUGCCCAGUCAGAGUGUUCAGACAAGACGUACUCCCAGAAGCAUUCAGUUUCUCAAAGAGAGAAAUCCUGGUCACUGGCUCCUGAUAGUGCUAUUCCAACUGCUAAAAUGGCUCAUCCUCCUCGACCCACCCCGUUGUUCCCAAAGCUAUCUAAUCCAAGACGUUCUAUAUCUUAUGAUAAUCCACAAAUUAGCAAUAUCAGAGAUCAGAAGUCAGUUGGUUUGUUCAGUGCUAUGAAAGUGAGGAAACCAGCAUUGAUAUUUGGUGACAGAAAGCCAUUGCUGAACAGAAGAAUGAGGACUAUAAAUAUUGAGAAAAAGCUUCAAAGGGCUGGCGGUUUAAGCAGUUGGUUGGUCUCAUUGGGCCUUGAACGUUUUGUAAAAAUUUUUCGGCAGAAGAAUGUGAGUAAAUUCCAGUUGGCAAAUCUGACGAUGAAGAAGCUCAAGGAUAUGGGUGCAGAUGCUGUUGGUCCCCGGAGAAAGCUGAUGCAUGCGAUUGACUGCCUCUGCCAACCGUAUUGUUUUGAGCGGUUUUGAAAUCUAUUCAUCACGUAGUUGACUAUAAAACUGGGAAAUGAAACUCACCUGAUAUGAUUACAAGACUACUUGCAGAUGCAGUAUGUGAAGCAUCAAAAGACCUAAACUAAAACAGAUUGGGAUUACUACUCUGUCUGUACAUACUUGUAGAUUGGCAUCAAGAAUUUUGUCUCUUCAUUACUUGUGCCGCAGAUAAAGUUUAUAUCUAAUAGAUGUUGAUUUGAUUUAGUAGAA